CAAAUCGAGCAUGCGAUCCGGAAAUUGAAAACACGGUAGCCUCAAUUCUGUCUCAUCAUCACCGGUGCCAUUGUUUCAAUUGAUUGAAUACGCUAUCGCGGUUAUAAAAUUUGAAUCGGGGACAAGGUGCAAUUAUUCUUGGCGCCUUGAAACAAUAGCACGAAAUUACGACGUGAUCUACGCGUUUGUCGCUUGGUCCCAAUUGCAUGUUAAGAAGGACGAUUAGAGGGCUACCGUUUAAGUUGAUCGUUGCAAUUGAUCGUGCAAUUGGUCCGCGUUUCAAGGUGGGCGAUACACUCGAUUACGCUUGUUGUGUUUGCCUGGUUCCGCCUCGUUUCGACCGAUUGAAUCGCGAUAUUCUAAUUGACGAUCCCAACGAGGCUGCAGUAGUCUAGUCAGCUUGGAGACGCACGCUGGGUGCGGAGCAUUCACCGUUCGAUCCAUGUGAUACGCGUUUACUACAAGGAUCUUUUGAAUACAUACAAAUAUUUAUUUCUUGCCGGUGAGAUCAGUAACGUUCUAUUAAUUCAUCGCGCUCGUGUCGUAUCAAGAGGAAACACAUUCGAACAGGUUUCUUAAGAAGCAAACGUUUUUAUCACCCUCCGAGGCGACGACGUCGAAGACAGCAUGAGGCUAUUCUGCUCGCAGAAGGACGACGCAUCACCGAACAAAGAUGACACAGAGGAAAAGACGGAUUCGGGCAGGAAGCAGGAAGUGGAUCGUUUCGGAUACUAUCAAAUGAUCAUGUUCGCGGUAAUAAGCCUGCCUCUGUUCUUGUCAGCAGGAUUCACGCUUGCGUACGUGUUCACAGCUGGCGAAGUUAAAUACAGGUGUGCGGUGCCGGAAUGCGAGGAUCCAUCGGACGUAAAAUUCGACGCGCCUUGGGUCACGGACUCCGUUCCCAGCGUAUCGGAAAUGUCAAAGUGCGUGCGUUACACUGUUACAAAUCACACGGGGAUAUGCACGAAUCAGACUUUCAGCAACGUCACUAAAAAAUGCGAUUCUUGGAUCUACGAUCCGUCGGAGAAGACCAUUCUCAGCGAGUGGGACCUGACCUGCGACAACAACCGAUGGAAGCUAACCCUCGUGGGUACGAUAAACAACGUUGGCCAGUUCGUCGGUUUGAUCUUCGCCGGAUACAUCUCGGACAGAUACGGAAGGCGCACGAUAUUGACGCUGACCACGUCCUUGAGCGGAAUCAGUGGCCUGAUACAUUCCUUUUCCGUGAAUUAUUGGAUGUUUCUCGUAUUCGAAUUUAUCGAUGCGACUGCCUCUGCCGGUAUCUACAGCGCUGGAUUUAUUUUAGGUAUGGAAAUGGCAGGAGUGAAGGGCAGAGUUCUCGCGAGUACGAUUAUUUGCUGCAUGUUUGCGGUGGGCGAAAUGUUGCUUGGAUUAAUCGCGAUGUGGCUUAGAUCGUGGCGAUGGAUCAUGCGAAUGGUGUACGGUCCCGCGGUGUUAGCCAUCUUACUGCCCAUUCUGAUCCCGGAAUCGGUCAGGUGGUUAUUGGCGAAUGGGAAACACGAAAAAGUGGAGAGUAUUUAUCGGAAAAUGGCGCGCAUUAACGGGAUGCAAAUCACGGAUGAGGCGGUCGGUGCGUUUAAGGAAAUGAAUAUGGUGAAGCUCGAGAAGACGGAACAAGUGAUAGCGCCGAAGAAAAAAUCGCCUGUGAUGGAAGUUCUGAAAAGUUCGGUGAUACUGACUCGACUGCUGGUCUGCUCGUUCUGCUGGUUGACGAACACGUUCGUUUAUUACGGAUUGUCGUUGAACUCCGUAGCCUUCGCCGGUGACAAAUACGUUAAUUUCAUACUAGUCGCCGUCGUCGAGAUCCCGGCCUACUUCUUGACCUGGUUCCUGACCGAUUAUAUAGGCCGCAAGGCUACACUUUCCUCGUCUUUCCUACUGAGCGGCGUUUUCUGCUUGGCCAUACAAUUCGUACCGUCAGGUACCCUGAGCUUCUUGCCGCUGGUUUUGUACAUGGCAGGCAAGUGGUGCAUCACGAUGUCCUUUUCCACGGUUUACAUUUACACCACGGAGCUGUUCCCAACGAGCCUGAGACACUCCCUCCUUGGAAUCUGCAGCAUGACCGGUCGCAUGGGGUCAAUAUUGUCGCCGCAAACUCCACUUUUGGCACAAAUCAUGCCGGCGUUACCGUUGAUCCUGUUCGGAUGCAUGGGUCUGUUCGCGGGCCUGCUGUCCUUGUUCUUCCCGGAAACGUUGGGAACGAAACUUCCGGACACGGUGUGGGAGGCAGAGAACAUCGGGAAAGUGCAGACGAGGCAGGAGUCGCAGGAUUCGCCGUCUUAAAGAGGCGAAUAUACACCGCGACGCGUUUCAAAUUUGAAAGAGAGAAAUGCGAGAGGAGACGGAUAGGAGAAAUGGCUCUUAAAAGUUGCAUUGAUGAUUGUCGAUUGAGAAACUUUUGAAAAACAGAUAACGCUUUCAGAUUCAACUACGAAAUUGUUUAUCAGAGGAAGCAAAGUGCCAGUGGACAAUAACAGUAAUCGUUUCUAUUCCGCAUAGUAAAUGGAUGAGGGACGCCUUCUGUUUAUUCUCUCCAUCUUUCUCUCUCUCUCUCUCUCUCUCUCUCGCGCACGCUGUCCAUUUAAUGAAUUUUUAACGCGGCUAAUUAUCCCUUAUUGCUGCCAGUUAAGGCUAUCGUUGACGCGCCCGUGUUAUCUGUCGUCUAGACGUCUACGUACAAUAGAUUACACACACACGCAGACGAUCGCAUGAUGCUUCCUCCGUUUAGGCGGGAAAACAUAAUUACCUAUACUCUGUACUCAGGUAUUUACACAGUAUUGCUGCAUCAUGUUCGUAAACGCGUAUUAGUCGGUAAUUAUGUCUGGCAUCGUUUCGUAUUUCUGAUUUAACAAUUUAAGACUUAAUUCUUCCGGGAUGCAUUAUCCAGAUGCAUUAUCCAGACAGAAUUUAACGUAGUUUACUUUGCAAAAAAUGACUGCAAUUCUUGAAGUACAUUGCGAAAUCGUUUGGUCUUAAGAGGAUCAAGACGCAUAGAGCACCGUGCCAUGAUAGCACAUCGUUUAGACUAGUUUAGACGAAGAUAACAGCCAUAAUUUAAUUCCACGCAUAUUUAUAUUACAUUCACGCGACAUUGUAACCGUGAUAGACGGUUUCAGCAGUGGAAACACCGUCGCGUAUAAAUAGUACAAUCGUUUCGUUCACGCACGGCCACGAUGCUGUUUUAGGUAAUAAUUACAGAAUAAUUGUAUUAAGAAUGAUGCUCGCGGCGAUGGAAAUCCUACUUUGUUUGCUUAUUAUAACUCUCAACAUAUUCCGGACGAGUAUUAUCAUUUGCUGCCACCAAGUAUUAACCGUAAUGUCAUGUAAAUACAUAUAACGAAGGUUCCUCUCAUCAACUUGAAUAAUCCCACGGCUGUACAUACACGCGUGAAACAUUGAUGCCGCAGAGGGCUUCUUCCAUCGCGCGAGAAUCGCGAUAUUGACACUCGAAUUGUAGCACAAUCAAGUAAUUUAGUGGAGCUAGUGAUAAGAAUAUGCAUACCUACGCUAGAUACUCGUGUAACAGUUCAACUACGCAUUUACGUGAGACACAUAAUUCUGAUAGAACAUGAACAGUUACGAAUUGUUAAUAUCGAUUUUCAUCUCCCACCCGACUCUAUCCCACUUUGCGCGGUAAAAAGAUCGACAAGCUUAUAUGUAAUGUGAGCCAAGAACAUCGACGCUUGCGAAUAUCCUGAGACUCGGCUAAAUGAAAGCACACUGUCAUUAUUUGGUUUCAUUUGGAGGAAAUGCAAGGCAAAGUUGGCUUUUGUGGAGCAUAAAAGAGUUAGAUACGACGAGACAGUUCAGCGACCAGGUAUCAAAGGGCUAAUGCCGUGUAACGCCGCUUCCAUCCCCCGGAGAACAUUUUAAUGCGCACCGGGAUUUAGAUAUUUCAUUCUGACAAAUUCGCGGUGCGCGCGUACGUUGCAACUCAAAGGAAAAUUGAAGCGAGCUUGCCCGAUGCAAUAGGGCCUGGUGUGCAUGCACCCACACACACGCCGCGGUACGUGUGCUUGCACGCCACGCAAGGUUGGUUAUUUUAUGUUUACAGAUGACUCGACGGUUCGUAAUAAAUAUUGUUGCCCGGUC